UGACACAUAUCGCUGCUCUCAGCCCCACCCCUGUGGUUAGCGCUAAUGGUGUUGCUGGGUGGUGUGUGUGUACAUGUAUGUGUGUGUAUGCAUUAUCGUGGACGGGCUACGCGUAAGUAGUACUGGAGGCGCUAAACGUUGAGUGUCACUGUGUCUCCCGACAGCGCCAGAGACGGGUCCAGAUGCUCGGCUCAAUGUUUCCGCUACCGACCCUACCGACGCUGAGCUUCACCCCGGCUCAGAUCGCCAGCGUCUGCGAGACGUUGGAGGAAAGCGGGGAUGUGGACCGGCUGGCUCGGUUCCUAUGGUCCCUUCCCGUGGCACCGGGGACGUGCGAGGCCCUGAACAAGAAUGAGAGCGUGCUCCGCGCCAGGUCAGUGGUGUCCUUUCACCAAGGGAACUUCCGAGAACUCUACCACAUCCUGGAGAACCACCGAUUCACCAAGGAGUCGCAUGCCAAGCUGCAGGCAAUGUGGCUGGAGGCGCACUACCAGGAAGCUGAGAAACUCCGGGGGAGACCGCUGGGGCCGGUGGACAAGUACCGGGUGCGCAAGAAGUUUCCCCUGCCCAGAACGAUAUGGGACGGUGAGCAAAAAACCCACUGCUUCAAGGAGCGGACGAGGAGUCUGCUACGUGAGUGGUACCUGCAGGACCCCUACCCAAACCCGACCAAGAAAAGAGAACUAGCACAUGCCACUGGACUCACCCCAACGCAGGUUGGAAAUUGGUUCAAGAACCGACGGCAGAGGGACCGAGCCGCGGCGGCCAAGAACAGAUUGCAACAGCAGCAACAGCAGCAACAACAAGCUCUACAGAACUCCAGCGCCAAUGCCAACAGUGGGCCACCGAUCCACCGGCUGUCUAUGACGGAGGGAACCACCACGCUACCCGGGGAGGAAUCGCCCGACAGCGGGUCACCCAAUGUCAGCCCUAUUGGCUCCCCCUUGCUACCGCGGAGUGUCAGCCCGCGGCCGCCGCACUGACGACCUGCUCGCCGGACGUUGGCCGCUCUACACUACCCGACCGUCCCGUCACGCGAGCACCUAGCCCGCGACUGGACUUAAAACGGAGACAGUGGCGGGUGAACUCGAGGCGUGCCAGUUGGUGCAAAACUCCGUGUAACAACCAUGCACGAACGAUCGAUCGAUGAGCGGAUUUAGCGUCAAGAGGUCCCGUGUCUUCUACAUGUGCAUGGAAGAAGAGGGUGCAGAAAACUCAAACGACCGGGAGAUCGCUAACAUUGUAAGAGUUAACGCCAUUGGUUAUGUCAGACAUAAUCCGAGAAAUUAUGGCCGUGCUAGUCGGACGGUGAAACCCCUAACAACUCUGCUUACGUCACUGAGCCGUCAACGCGGACCUUUUUGCCGUUGAUAUUUAAUAUCAGUCGCAUAUUUGUGAAUAGGAAUUUAUCAGAAGUAAUUAUUCUUUUUUUUUGUUCUUGUCUAAUGCAGCAUUAAAAUGUAUAAAUAAUAUACGUGUAUUAGAUGAACAAGUUACUGCCAGUCAGAUAUUUUUUCCUCGAGUCGUGCAAGGGAGCUUCACAUCAAACCAUAAUUCAAGUGUCUACUGAUUUUUUUUUUAGAAAAAGAUAUGUUCUUCAUUUCAUCCAAACAAUUGUAGUAAAUUCAGCAAAAGAACAUCUGUUGCCCAUUUUUUUGUGGCGUAAAUAAUUUUCCCAAUAUCCAGUCAGUAUUCAUUCGCCCACAACCAUUCUUCUUGAAAACUACCUAUUCUAACAUUUGGUGGUAUAAGAAUUUUUCAUUCUGAUAUUGAUAUUUCUCCCCACAACAAAAUUGUCUUCACUCGCAGAGGUGAAUGUUGUGCAGAAUUGGCGAAGGACACAUAAUUCCUUUUCAACAAAAGUUUUUAAAAAGUCUUUCUGAUAGAAAACGGAAUAGUUCAAAAUUCUUAUCAUUCUCUUGUUUUUUUCCCUCAAUCUCAUAAAAAAACCUCUAUCGGUGUUUCCUAUCCGAACAAUUCACUAGUUUCACCAAUUUUACCUUCGUUUUCUUAAGGUUUCGUCUGACUAGAAAAUAUAAAAGUGAAAGCUGUGAGUUUGUGGUUUGUAGAGAACGACAACAGUCAAACUGUAUCUUUAUCUUUGUUUACUGGACCUGUGGUUCCAACCCUUUUGUACCUUUUGCCUUUCAUUUUGUAAGAGUUAUUGCUGUUCGGUUUCGGUGCUCUCUGCAAAUGUGCAUGUGUAAAGAGAGAAGAGUUUUGCUCGGAGGUUCGUGGUGAUAUUCAAACAGAAGGGUUUAUAUGUAUUCAUUUUCACGAUUUCAAAUUUCAUGAUUUCAAUCAUGAAAUAUUUGUUCCAUACUUAUGUUAAUUAUUCGGUUUCAAGAUAUUACAACAAAGACAAUGUUUCCCGCUGUUGACGCUCGGUGAAGUUGGCGGUUUCAUCCACUACCGUUUCGCGCCAACUGGAAGCAAAAAAAUGCCUAUUUUUGCAUCAAUGCAGAUAUCAAUUGGAAUUCAUUUUCUCGCCUUCAAAGCCAAGGAUUAUCCCAAAGUUUGGUCAACCUGUACCAUCGUGGAGGAUUUUAUUGGCAAAGGCUCUUGGGAGCCACUGUCCAAUUUGAUCAGGGAAAAAACGAAUUAAAUAAUCUUGAAAAGUAUUCAAGCAUUCUUUGCUGAGAGCGCAAAAGAUUUUUACAAGCUAAUGCAUCAACUUGGGAUAUGUAAUGGGUUCAAGUGGCUAAUGCCAUUGAAGCUUUUCAGAAGUCAUUUUACGUGACUUGGUGGUAGUAUCAAAACAAUACAAUGAAUGCCCAUUAACAUUUUUAUAAGAGAGUCCCUUAUAAUUUUACUGUAAAUCAAUCCUAUCUUGCAAAACAUCCCUGUGUUACGAGUUGUCCUAUAAUUAGUAACAGAAAUUAAAAUCUAAGUUCUGUAGAGAUCUUUUUUUAAAUGUCAGCCUCCAAACAUCAUCUCUUUUUCAGCAAUACUUCACAAAGUUUUAAACUCCUGAUAUCUUUCCAAACUCGCAUAGCAGCCUGGAUGGACGUUAUGCAAAUUACAUAAUAGAAAACUCUAUUAAAGGUACUCUUUUUCUUGCAUCCUUGUGUGGCAUUCACACUGAUCCAUGUAGAUUCAUGACAGCCUGGAGCAUAAUUCAAUUGAAAAAAGCAGAUUUUGUCAGUGUUCUACGAGUGUAUGGGAGAAUGAAAUUCUGUUUUUUUUCUCUUCUCACAAUAGGCGCAUUUUCAAAAGUUCGUCUGGGGCAGAAUACCACUCUUGGUUGUUGUGUAGGUUUCGAUCGAUCCUAACGUCUCCCUGCAUUCUCUUUCUCCCUGUACUGUGUCGCUUUGCUGAAGGUUUUGUGUCAUCACGUGUACAUACAGAAUUUUGUUCGACUAUUCCUAGACAGACUCUGUGGAAAGGAACUCAGUAUCGUGGACUGAUAAUUAUUCCAAUUUUCAUGUGUAACCAAACUUUGCGUUUCUCUAUAGUGUCGUUAAUGACUGGUAUCUAUGGCUGGGUACCACGGAAAACAAGUUUCAUAAUAAAUCACAAUUUGGAAGAGUA